GGGCCCGAGUGAUUGAUGGGCCAUCAGAGCCCAAAGUCAUUUCUCAAGGUGUACCAAGACAAAUGGGCCAUGAACCCAAAAGAGGCUCAAAUAGUCCACUGCCUGUCUUCUCUGCAGGUGACAGCUUUAGGGCUCCUUCUCAAGGCUUUUCUCUCGCUACCUGUAGACCGGUCGAACUUCCAUUCUCUGUCAAGAUUGGAGCUCCGGGCGUUGUAUGGAUUGUAUUCUCUAGACAAAUUCCCGAAUUACGUCUCUGUCCUGGAAGUGUGGCUAGCUCACCUAGCUCAGUUUAUGGUCUUGCUUCUUCCACAAGCAAGAAGUCAUCAGGUGAUCUUCAACAUUAUGAGAGAACUCAAAGUAAAAGGUUGUUCUGGAUUGUGUACUCUUGCAUCUUCCGAUGGUGAAUCUCAUAUCAAACAUUCUGAAUCAGUAGGCGGGGAUGAGACAUGUUCGUCAUUACACGUGCAUUCUACGCCAGAAAUUGAGAAAAAGUAUGUUCAUCGAGUCUAUGACGCUAUUGCUCCCCAUUUUAGUGCCACCAGAUUUGCUAAGUGGCCAAAAGUCGCCACCUUUUUGAAUUCCUUGCCUUCAGGAUCUCUUAUAUUGGAUGCAGGAUGUGGAAAUGGGAAGUACUUGGGUUUGAAUCCUGAUUGCUUUUUCAUAGGAUGUGAUAUAAGUGAUCCUCUUAUUAAAAUUUGUGCGGAUAGAGGGCAUGAGGUUCUUGUAGCAGAUGCAGUAAAUCUUCCUUACAGAACUGGUUAUGGGGAUGCAUCAAUUUCCAUAGCUGUUUUACACCACUUAAGUACAGAGAACAGGAGGAAGAAAGCAAUUGAAGAAUUAAUUCGGGUUGUCAAAAAGGGUGGCAUGGUUCUAAUAACAGUUUGGGCUGCAGAACAGGAGGAUAGGUCAUUGGUCACCAAAUGGACUCCUCUUGCCCAAAAGUAUGUGGAAGAGUGGAUAGGUCCAGGUACUCCUCAUGUGCGUAGUCCUUCAUCCUUAACAUUACAAAGUAUCCCUGAAGCCGAGGAGAGUAAUUCGAAAGAGCAAUUAGAGGAUACUAAGGAGAUUCUAAAUGAGAAGUUGGAGGAAACAGUGCAUUUAUCAUCUCAAGAUCAAGAUGGUUCGGUGUUUCUGAUUGAUGCAGAGGAUAAACAAAAGCAACAGGAAUAUUUUGUUCCUUGGCACUUACCCUAUCAUCGUGCUGAAGUCAGUGGUGCGUCUGCUUCUGCUCUUGCUAGUGGCUUGGCAAGAAAGGAUGAUAAAAAGGGUGCCGUGGUGUAUGAUAGAUACUACCAUGUCUUCAGUGAAGGAGAGCUUGCAAGGUUAGUAUCUGGCAUGCGUAAUGCAGUUGUAGUCGAUCAAUUUUUUGAUAAAUCUAAUUGGUGUAUCAUUCUUGAGAAAAUUUCAUAACAAAUUUUCACGCUGGCAUUUUGUGAUGCCAGAUUGAGAUUUACCGAGAUGGUUCAUCCUCAAUUAGACAGAUGGGUUUUGCUAGCACUUUUGCUUCACAUUGAAGUUGAUUCCUACGCUGACUUUCCUGGUCUGGCAGCUCAACGUGAUGUGACACGCCAACCAUGAAAAAGGGUGUGCACUCACUUCCGUUCAAAGCAAUAUAAUCUGCUCUCAUUAUGGUUUCAUUCCCAACCAGGCAUUACUGUUCUAUGGAUGUUUUGUUUCCCUUGUAAGGAUGAUAAUUCAUUAUCUCCUAAAGAUUGACGCAGACACCAGGCCGGUGGUCCUCGAUUGUAAUUCAUCACUGAUAGUAAGCUGCACAUUGGGUUGGUUACUUAGUUUUUUGUUCAUGUUUUGUUUUGAAGCACCUUUUAUAAAGCUGGGGCAUGGUUAGGUUUGACAUAUUUUCUAAUUAGGGUUUCCAUAAUUCCUACCAGUAUUUUGUUUGUAUUGUAUAACGUACUAGUAUUUUGUGUGAGCUCUUAACAUUGAAUGCCAGAUAAUUAGGCA